CAUUAGAAUUCAUAUGACCGCAGACAAAAAGGAAAAAUCACCCGAGAUGUAGCUUCUGUUUCAAAAAAUUACAAAACAUAGCUACACUUUAGAUUUUAUAGCAAAUACACAAUACUUGUUGACACAACUCUUUAUGCAACUUGCGCUUUCGCGCAGCUUAACUGUUAAAGCUCUUUUACUAUACAGCUAUACCUAUCUGAUAUAGCAACCGUAGCUACGUUUCGUACAUAAGCUAAAUGCAGCUACAUUUCGUAAAUAUCUGUGAACUUUAGCUAUUUUCUAAAAAAAAAUCAUAUGACUGCUAAGCCCCUAAUUUAAAACCCUUGGCCGUUGGCGCCAUGAUACAGAAUGAAUCAAACUGUUUCUCAUAUUCUCCAAACUUGCAAAACCCUUAAGAGAUUAAAAUCAGUUCACGCUAAUUUAUUAGUAUGUGGAUCCAUUGCCUCAUCAGACCUUGUUUUAAACAAAGUCAUUCGUCUUUACUCUCGUUUCGGUGCGACGGACUAUGCUCGCAAGGUGUUCGAUGAAAUUACUGAACGAAACCCUUUUCUUUGGACUUCAAUGAUUCAUGGGUAUGUUGAAAAUUCUCAGCAAAAUGAUGCUUUUUCGCUGUUCCGCGAUAUGCGUAUUCAAGAUGUUAUGCCUUUGAAUUUUACGAUAUCAUCGAUAUUAAAGGCGUUGGGACGGUUGAAAUGGUUGAGAGAUUGUGAGGGGUUGUUUGGGGUUAUAUGGAAAUGUGGGUUUGGUUUUGAUUUGUUAGUGCAAAAUUCUUUGAUUGAUUGUUUUAUGAGAUGUGGAGAAGUUGAUUUUGCGAGACGAGUAUUUGAUGGGAUGGAGGAAAAAGAUGUCGUUUCUUGGAACUCGAUGGUAUCGGGGUAUGUGAGUAAUGGAAGACUUGAAAUAGCACGAGAGUUGUUCGAUAGCAUGGAUGAGAAAAAUGUAGUUUCUUGGACUAGUUUGAUAUGUGGCUAUGUUAAGAAGGGAGAUAUGGUAGAGGCUAGGAAUCUUUUCGAGGCUAUGCCUAGUAAGGAUAUGGCUGCCUGGAAUGUGAUGAUUUUGGGGUAUAUGGAUGUUGGUGAUGUGGACAUGGCGAGUUUUUUGUUUCAGGAAAUGCCUAUUCGUGAAACUAGGACAUGGAAUUUGAUGAUAUCAGGGUAUUGUAAGGUGGGCGAGUUAGAAAGAGCGAGGGAAUGCAUUGAACGAAUGCCCUGUAGGAAUGUAGUGUCGUGGACUAUGAUGAUAGAUGGCUAUGUUAAGUCUGGGGACUUGCAUGAAGCAAGGUGUUUAUUUGAUGAAAUGCCGGAGAAAAAUCUUAUUACUUGGUCUACCAUGAUUGGUGGCUAUGCUAAGAAUGGAAAGCCUUCUGCUGCUUUGGAAUUGUUCAAAAGCUUUAGAAAGCAGAGUCUUGAACUGGAUGAGGCUUUUAUUUUGAGUAUCAUCUCAGCUUGCUCUCAAUUAGGGAUUGCAGAUGCAGCUGAGUCAAUUAUGAGUGAUGAUGUAGGAUCCAGAUAUUUUUCUGACACACGUGUUGUUAACAGUUUAAUAGACCUCUAUGCAAAAUGUGGAAAUAUUGAGAAAGCCUGGCAAGUCUUUGAAAUGGCAGAGAAAAAAGAUUUGCUUUGUUAUAGUACGAUGAUUGCUGCAUUUGCUAAUCAUGGCUUAGUUGAAAAAGCAGUGUGUUUAUUUGAGGAUAUGCAAAGAGAGAAUAUAGAGCCUGAUGAUGUAACCUUCCUUGGGGUGUUCAGUGCUUGCAACCAUGGAGGACUCGUUAAUAAAGGCAGGAGGUACUUCAAACAAAUGACUAAAGAAUUCAAAAUUCAGCCCACAGAAAAACAUUACGCAUGCAUGGUUGAUAUCCUUGGUCGUGGUGGGUUCCUUCAGGAGGCCCAUGAGAUGAUAUUGAGUAUGCAUGUGGCCCCCACAUCAGCCGUUUGGGGUGCAAUGCUCGCAGCUUGUAAUGUUCACGGCAAUGUCCCGAUGGCUGAAAUUGCAGCGUCUGAGUUAUUCAAGAUUGAGCCUGAGAAUUCUGGAAAUUACAUUCUUUUGUCCAAUAUUUAUGCUGCUGCAGGAAGAUGGCGUGAUGUAGCUAGAGUAAGGGCAAUGAUAAGAGAGCAUCACGUGAAGAAAAAUCGGGGAUCUAGCUGGAUUGAGUUGGAUUCUGCAGUGCAUGAGUUUGUAAUGGGAGAUGUCUCGCAUGUGGAUACAGACAGGAUAGGCUUCAUAUUGAGUCUACUAAAUGAAGAUAUGAAGCUUUCGGGAUAUACCAAAACUAAAGAUCUGAAUCCAAUUUGUUCAUUGUACCCCUCUUAUCUGUCUCUUUCAAGUGAUACUGAAAUGGACGAGGAACUGUUUUGACUGAUUUCUGGCACAACAUGCCAAGGUACUUGUCCUUGAUAAAGAAUUUGGACAGUAUAACAUUCUUAUCUUGAAUGUUGAAAUUGUUUAGGAUUUGUAACCUGGUCCUUAAUAAAAUUUUAGUUAAACAGGCUUGUGUGUUGUUUAAAGAAUUAAUUGCAAGUUUGCAACAUUCAUAGCCAAAUUGAAAGCUUCCUGCUUCCGAGUAAUGUUGCAUAUUCCUUUAGUUCCGUUUGUGUUGUUAUGAGUAUUUGACAGGCAUUAUUA